AUGACGCUAGGUUCCUCCUUGCGUACACCACUCGCCCUUCUCAUUGGCACGAUCCUGCUCGCAACAACUUCCGUUGUUCACUCUCUAGAUCAAGUCCAGGAAAUUGAGCUGGAUCCGGAUGUCGGCAAGUCCACCGUAGCGCUUAUCGAAGCGCGUGGGUACGUGACGGAGACUCACAACGUCACUACAGCUGACGGGUAUAUUCUCACCAUGCACCGCAUUCCCAAGUCGUACGGGGAGAGUCAAGCAGGAGAAGACGCUGCCAAGGGCAAACCUGCCGUCUUGAUUCAACAUGGACUGCUCGACAGUAGCUUUUCGUGGGUCUGCAACUUCCGUAACCAGAGUCUUGCCUUCGUACUCGCUGAUGCUGGUUACGAUGUCUGGCUUGGUAACAACCGCGGCAAUACGUACUCCACCGGUCACGUCAAGUACACCACCGCAGAUGACGCGUUCUGGGACUUUAGUUGGGAAGAUAUGGGCCGCUUCGACUUGCCAGCUAUGCUCAAUUACGCCCGAGAGACAUCAGGACAGAAGACAGUAGCUUAUGUAGGCCACUCAGAGGGCACAACACAAGCUUUUGUUGCCUUCUCCGAAGACCAGACGCUUGCCCAGACAGUGUCGUACUUUGCUGCUCUAGCACCCGUGGCUUGGUUGGGAAACACCAAGGCCGAUGCUCUCAAAUUCUUGGCCAAAGUGUACUUGGACAAGAUCUUCGAGGUCUUCGGUCAGGUCGAAUUCCUGGCACAGAACCAAGUACUGCAAGAAGUUAUUGAAGCUGCAACAUGCACAGCGAACCCCGAACUUUGUCAGACUGCUCUGGCGCUCAUAUCUGGCGUGUCCGAAAACUGGAACUCGUCUCGAGUGAGUGUAUACCUCUCCGAGAUGCCUGCAGGAACUUCCGUCAAGAACAUGGGCCACUUCGCACAAAGUAUCCGCAAAGGCACUUUUGCAGCAUACAACUACGGCUGUGGCUGUCUUCGUAUUCUUGGGAUCAAACUGUGUUCUAAACACAUCUGUGAGAACAAGGUCAAGUACGGCAGCUUCGAUCCGCCAGCUUUUCCUGUCAGCAGAAUGAUGUACCCUCGAACGGGUUUCUUCAGUGGUAAGAACGAUAUCUUAGCCACUGCGACUGACACUAACCAACUCCGAACUGCGUUACCAAACACCACAAUUAUCCACGACGAGGAGAUCAGCAACUUCAGCCACUUGGACUUCACGUGGUCAGUAGAUGCCAAUGAAAAAGUUUACCAAUCUGUACUGAAACAACUCGAUCAGUACAAGGGCAUCGGAUACUAAAUUCGUACAACCAACGUGCAAAAACGUACUAAGCAUAAGAAUCAAACCACAAUUUCUAUC